AUGUCAGACAAAGUCCAUGAUAUUAGCUGUGAGCGCCUGUUGAUCACGGGUGUAACUGGCUACAUUGGAUUCAAGACACUCACAAUUGCCCUCGAAAGAGGAUAUCGUGUUCGCGCGGUCGUCCGAAGCGAACGCAACAUCAACGAAUUGAAAGAUAAAAGCACGAUCAUCGCACAGAGUCUUGAUCAGGAGCAACUCGAGUUUGUUGUCAUUCCACACUUUCUUGAACCAGAUGCAAUUUUUGAGUCCCUUGAGGGUAUUACUGCCAUCAUUCAUCUUGCAUCACCGUUAGCGCUUGAGACCGAUGAUUAUAAUGUUGGAAUUGUUAAGCCAGCUAUCUCAAUGGUGACUACUGUUUUGGAAGCAGCCACUCGUGUGGCAUCAAUCCGCCGGGUGGUCUUAACAUCUUCAUGCGUGACCCUGAUUCCAUUCGAAUGGAAUAUUAACCCCGACAGCCAGCGACUAUAUAUAGUUGAAGAUGUGAAUACCAGUGUUACUGGUCCUUUCUCUACUGCAAUGGAAGCUUACUGGGCAUCCAAAGCUCUGGCAAGAGUCGCGACCAAAGCAUUUGUUAACCACGCGCGGCCGAAAUUCGACUUUGUCAAUCUUCUGCCCUCGGUGGUAAUUGGACCAGACGACCGCCUGGACGCAGAUCCAACUGCGACAGUCGACAGUCUGCUUCAGGGCACGCGAGCAGCGGUUCUUGCACCCGCGCUGACAUCCUCACUCAACUCGUCAUUUCCCUAUGUUGGAACGCCAGUUCAUGUUGCCGAUGUCGCGCGCGCACAUGUUGAUGCGGUAGAUGCUGGUUUGGUUCCUGGAAAUUCUGAGUAUAUUCUCUCUUCGGAUAGUCCGAAUGGAGUGGUCUGGGAUAGGGAUGUUCAAGCUGCCUGUAAAAAGUUCUUUCCAGAAGAGGUGGCGAGUAAAAGGUUGCCGCUCGAAGGCUCUUUGACGGCAAUAAAAUGGAGGCUCAGUGCCCGGCAGACGGAGGAAACUUUUGGUUGGCAGUUUACCGGUUUUGAGGAGACAGUGAGACAGCUACUUUUGCAGUACUUGCAGCUCGAAGAAAGGUCACUCAAGUGA